AUGCGCCGUGACGGCACGUUCGCGGGCGCUAGCAUGGGGAGGCGCCACUACUGUGAACGCAGCGUCACGACCCAUUCGUCGCGAUGCUGUGGUGGUUGUGUCCCGUCUCUGCCUCCUCUCUCUUCGACUCGGCGACCCAUUGGUGACGGCGUUGUUCGUGGCAGGGCGAAGGCAGUGGUGGUGGUGACUGGCUGUGAUGACUGGUUGAUGCAGUGGUUGUCUGCAGUGGUGUUGAUAGUGCAGAAAACGGGGGGUGAGGUGAGGGUUGGGGAGAAGCAGGAGUAUGGAAGGAUGGAAAUUGAGGUAGAGAAGGCUUGUGGGUUGUUUGGAAAUAGGAAGGUUGGGGAUAGGCAGAGUGUGUGGAUUGAGUGUUGA